AAACUGCCUGUUCUGGAUCAUGCAGACUGUAACAUAUAAAAGCUGUUAGCAGCUCCUGUGGCCAGAAAGCUUCACAACCAGCAGAGUUUUGUUCUUUGGGGGUUUGUAAUAAGAGACACUCCUUCACAAACGUUCAUAUCACCACAUAGCAGAGUGCUAUAUAUACUGGGAGAACAAUAGACUGUAUUCUUUUUUUGGUAUUAUCCAGAGAUCUGUUCCCUACUGCCCUGACUUAAAGCAGAGUACCUCUGUGUCCUUUCUCCUCUGGCACCAAAAUGACAGCAAUCACUACAAUCAGUUGUGCUUUCUUAUUUUCCAUUCUCUGUGAAACAAGUGCAUUAGUGUUACCCAACUCCACUGACCUACUCCUGUCAAACAAUAAUUUCACUGACAUUGAGACAGCUUUGGCAGCUCAUCUGGACUCUGCAAAAAUUCCCAAAGCCAGGCGGAAGCGCUACAUUUCACAGAAUGACAUGAUUGCCAUUCUUGAUUAUCAUAAUCAAGUCAGAGGCAAAGUCUUCCCACCUGCUUCCAACAUGGAAUAUAUGGUCUGGGAUGAAACUCUGGCCAAAUCUGCAGAGGCUUGGGCUGCUACUUGCAUUUGGGACCAUGGACCUUCCUACUUACUGAGAUUCUUGGGCCAGAAUCUGUCUGUGAGAACUGGAAGGUAUCGAUCUAUUCUCCAGCUGGUAAAGCCAUGGUACGAUGAGGUGAAGGAUUAUGCUUUCCCUUAUCCUCAGGACUGCAAUCCCAGGUGUCCCAUGCGAUGCUAUGGACCCAUGUGCACCCAUUACACACAGAUGGUUUGGGCCACUUCCAACCGUAUAGGCUGUGCAAUCCACACAUGCCACAAUAUGAACGUCUGGGGAUCUGUUUGGCGACGAGCUGUUUACCUGGUAUGCAACUAUGCCCCAAAGGGGAAUUGGAUUGGAGAAGCACCAUAUAAAGUAGGAGUGCCGUGUUCUGCUUGCCCUCCAAGCUAUGGAGGCUCUUGCACCAACAACCUGUGUUUCCCAGGAGUAACAUCAAACUACUUAUAUUGGUUUAAAUAAGUUAAUGUUUACAUUAUUUAAAAACAAAACAAAACAAAAAAACACAUGGAUGAGUAACAAGAAGCUUGUAUAUUGAAUUUUGCACAUAUUAUAUAGAGAGAUCCUGUAAUAAUACUCUGAUGUUUUCUUUUUGUAUGCUUUUGUAUAAUUAGCUUUCAAAGUACACUAUAAUUUGUUUUUAAACCCUUUGGGAUUUAAGACUCAUGUUAACCCUUUUAGAUUAGCAUUUUGUAAAGGUGAGUCAACUAAUUUUCACCUUAGCAAGUGUAGCUUCCUGAAGAUAGGUUCUGUUAAAAGCACAUUGAAAGGUACUGUCAACUUAUACCUAAAAUAUAAUGUCCUUUUAAAAAAGAACAGGUCUAGAAAGAGAAGGGUCGUUGUUUAAUACUGUGCUUUAAAAAUGGAGUGAGACAUGCAAAGAAAAAAUUUGUCCCCAUGCUACCAAUGCUUCUUCCCAUUUACACCUGUGCUUUCAUCUGCAGUGUCAAUGGGACUCUGAGCAGAGGAAAACAUAUGUGCAAGAGAAACUGCAGGAUAUUACCUACCUCAUGCACAACAUUAAUCCAUUUAUAGUGUUUAAAGAGUACAGCACGCGGCUGCUGCUAUCAUCAAUGAUGCCUGUGUGCAGAUAGGAAAAGUAGAAUCAGAAACCACACUGGCCAAGAUGCAGUAGCUGUUAACUUACAUGCCUAAUCUUAUCUAGAUAGAAAGCUACAUCACUAUAUAUAUACUGGUAUAGUCAAUACAGCCAAACUUUAUAUUCCUGUGUUUUUGAACAUUACAGUCACAAUGGUAUAAAUGUGCUUUGCUGCAGUAUAGUUUUUACUGUACAGGAAGGCAAAGAAAUAUAUUUCUACAAA